ACAUUUGCUAGGGCUGGGAGCGGCUAGACACUCUGGCCAAAAUAGGGGAUUAGUUGAAGGGGAAAGAAACACCGUCUGCAGUCAAAAGAAGCAGAGUGCAUGGACAGCAAGAUGGUGGCCUGUGGAGUUCAGACGCUGCUGUGCCUCCUAGCUCUUCUUGUCCUGCCAUCUGAUUGGCUUUUGCUGGGAGUCGUUGCUCAAACGGCAGCAGGGCCUCUAGAAUUACCCUCAAAUCCAACCAACGACCUAGAUGAUAGUGGUCCAACAACACCGCCUAAAUGCCAUGAAGAGCAGUUUCCUUGCACACGUCUGUACUCUGUUCACAAGCCUGUGAAGCAAUGCAUCAGUUAUUUGUGUGUCACCAGUGUCCGCCGGGCAUACAUGAUAAACAAGGAGAUCUGCUCUCGUAUUGUUUGCAAGGAAGAUGAAGCCAUGCACGAGGAGAUUUGCCGCCAACUGGCUGGCCUGCCACCACGCCGUCUUCGCCGCUCUGGUAAACCUCAAGGACCACCCUGUCGACGAGCAAAGGGCCAAUCUCAGAACAUGCUUGAUUCUCAGUGAUCAGGAAGCUGUAGGAAUGAGAAGAACAAAGAGGAACUGAAAUCAUACUGACAACCCAUUCUAAAUUUGCCUUUUUCCACUCAAUUCCUGCCUCAAGAGGUGUUUCACUGGUGCAGGGACCUUCCCUGUCAACAUGUGACUGAUGUCAUCUUUGAGAUGUAGUACUAAGACUCUCAUAUGCACCUGCUUCUGGGUUUUGACCUAGGGCUGCUUAUGUAAGUCCUAUCCAAAACCUGCCUUAAAAUGCACAAUCAAAAUGCCUGCUUUCUCAGUGUUUUUCCACCCAGUUUAGAGCCAGCUUGCCUACAGAUAAUUAAUAUAAUUUGUAUGGAUAUAGAUACACUUACAGUCUAUUCUUCAUAGGGUUUGAUUGUUUCGCUGCAAAAUCAGAGGACAAUAACCAUAUAUUGAACUCAGUACCUUUAUAUGUCUUAUGCACAUAGAUGAAGCUGCCUGAAGAGAAGGAGACCCUGAAAUCAUGGAAUCAUAGAAAGCAAGGGACUAUACAAACCAUCUAGUCCCUCCUUGCUGAGUGCAGGUAUCCAGUACUACAGCAUCCCUGAUGUCCCAGCCUCUGUUUGAACUCUUCCAUUAAGAAGAGUCCACUACUUCCUGAGGCCAUGUGUUCUACUUACUGUUAGGAUGUCUCUCCUGGCAUCCAAUCAAAAGCUACUUCCUUUUCAUUUAUCCCACUGCUUUUUGUUCUGCCUUCUGGAACAACUUUGAACAAUUCUGCUCCAGGUCCUACAUGAAGUAACCCUUCAGGUAUUUGAAGACAGCUAUCAUGUCUAUUUAUCUCCAGGCGCAACAUACCCAGUGCUUUCAACUAUUUCUUGUAAGGUUGUACUUCCAGGCCCCUAAUCACCUGAUUUCUCUCCCCUGGACAUGCCCUGUUUGUCAGUGUGACUGUCUUUCCUAAGACGUAAUGCUCAGAACAGGAUGCAACAUUUUCUAUAAAAUCUGACCAGCACUGAAAAGAGAGGAAUGGACUUCUUUGCCCCACACAGAAUUCAAUUUAAAGCAAGGUUUUCAGAUUUGCGACGUGUCUUCCAAAAAUAUUUUUCCAGUUCUUGACCUCACAAGAACCCAUCUCUUGCCAGGAGUCUCCCAAUUUCAGAAGUGUGUCCCAUGAUCCAAAUCAUUCCUAGUUGCACUAUCUGCAUAGCCAGUUGUUCACAUCUAGUAUUCUCCUCUUGGGCCCUAUCCUUCAACAGAAAGAUGUGAAGAGAACAACAUCUGUGUCCCCAGCUACUUCCCUCUCUUGCCCAGUACUUCACAGUCCCUUGAAGCAUCUUCCAGAAUGUAAAGAGCCCUGGGAGUCUUUCCAUCCCAUCUAAAUGUUUGCCCCAGGAAGGGCACUUUUCUCCUCUUGAUAGGCUAUUCAGCUGACAGAUUGCUUCUUAAGGCCCUCUCAGUAGGGACUCUCUGAUCACUACUAACUGCUAUUUCCUCCUCUUUUGGCCAGAGGCAGAAGUCCUUCCCUGUGCCCUUUGCACUCCCUGAGACUUGUGGCAACUGAUUUUUGUCCAGGCAUCCAGAAAUAUCAUCAACAGGAUGCCAUAGAAUCUAUACUGAACUUUCAGAGAGUAAAAGCUCUUCUUGACAGACUUAGUGCUUGGUCUCACAUUCCUCUAUCUGUCCAACCUUCUACUUGCCUUUCUUCUAUUUCCUGGGAGGCUUUUUGGUACUAUUGACCUUGGUCCUAUGUUCAUUCCAAGAAUUCCUUAUGGUUCUUCAUAAGUUGGGGAUUGGACAGUUUGAAUUCUAAUUCCUUCUUCUCUCCCAGGAGGGCAAACUGCCUGCAGUUGUAUCAUGUGUAAUUCUUGUCAUUUUUCUGGGAGGAAAACAAACAUGGCAUAGUCUCUUCAAGUCACAAGAGUAGUUUUUUCUGUCUCCACUUUUCUCUGAUGAAUAAACAAAAAAGUGCCUCCCCAACUACCUCUUCUACCAAACUCCUGUUUGCUCCUCAUGUUUACUCACUCAGAAAAUGAGUACAGUUUGUUCUCUAGGAAAUGGCUUCAUUAUAUGUCUCCUGAAGCUGCCUCAAUUAUGUCAGUAAGAAGCAAUGCUCACACUUGGCAAUCAGCUUCAAUCACCAGCACAAUGGCAGUCAGCAACACUCAGUCAGCAAUCUCUCCCUCUCCCGCUCUUUGUCUCUUCUGCCUGUCCUCUUCUGUAUUCUGUAUUCUACUUCACUUUUUCUCUGCCAAAUUCUUGUUUGCUCUCCAUUUCCUCCAACAGCUCAUCACAUGUCCUGUAAACUUGCCAUAGGCUUUGUGUGAGUAGAACAUUCUGCUUGUUUCAGGAAUGAGGUGUAGAUGGGGGUAAAAUAUACGGAGGAUUUGCUCAACUAAAUAUUUAUACUGCUUUUGCAGUGAGAAGGAGGGACACUACUGUGUGAAACAAGUUUACUUAUUAGGGCUGUCCUAUGUCUAUUUCAUAAGUCUUGUUCGGGACAGCUGCUCCACAGCAAGGAAGCUGAGAAUAUACCACUGCAGGCUGAGAAUCUAAAUUUAUGUUAGGUUUAGACUGGUAGGACCCAGUGGAACAGCAGAAAUAGGAAUAAAUACUAGUGUUCUAAAAGGCAACUGGAUGGUCUAUCACUGCUUCAGAUUCUAUAUGUGCCUUUCUAUGGAUGCAUCUAGGCAUAACUUUGUUCUAAGUGUGAUGGCAUCUUACAUCUGAAAUAUCAUCUUCCCUGAUUUUGCCCACUGUUUCUUUGGUCCAUCCUAAAUGCAUAUUUGGGGGCUGGUUUUCUAUUCUCCCUUUCUCCCUCCAAUCAGUUAAUGGCUAUCACACAACAUUUUGGUUCUUAAUACUGUGUCAAAAUUGUUGCUACCCACUCAACAAACAUUAGUUAAACUUUAAAUCAAAGUGAAAUUGCCACUGGAGAAAGGAAGGAGACAAAAACAAAAGCAUAGAAGAUUUGGUAGAAAAAUAUAGGAGAGUUAUAAGUGAAAAAUGCUAUAGUCCAGAUCCUCCAAGAUAGAAGGAGGGUACGAUAAAAGCUUUAUCUAGAAGCACGCUGGCAAUAGGCUCUCAUAACUGAUACGGUAUGGCUGGAAAUGGACAAUUAUUUUCAAAGAAUU